UCUUCGUUUUUAAUUUGUCUUUAAUAAAACAUCGUGAUUUCAUAUUGUUUUUAGCAAUAAUUAAAUUUAAGUAUCAAUGUUUGGAAACUAACUUGAAACUUUAAAUAAGCAUUGAUAUUCGGUUUAAAAAAAAUGUCCCGACCAUGCGCUAUUCAAGAACAGAUCGAAACUUCCAGCGAAACGAUCGCCAACCUGCGAAACCGGAUACGCAAGAUGGAGUACCACCUGGAGGAUCACAACAUAAGCGAUGAACGACGGCAACAGAUCGUUUUCGAGCUGGAUGAGAUCAAAAAGCUGCUUAAAACGAACGAGGAAAUGUUGCACAAGCUGCAUCGGGAAAAUUCCCGAUCUUUUGCGAUUGCUGCUUGCCUGUUUUUCAUUUGUUUCCUCGUGUAUGGGAUCUAUGUGUUGCUGAUGAAUAGCGCCGGGGUAUAAGGAUAUUUUUGAAGACAGGAUUAGGAUUCAGCAUACAUAUGGAAAAUUCUCUAGUUGUUAAGAAAAAAAGCGCAACAAUAAAGAUAAGUUGAAUUCUUUACCUUC